CAGCAUCCUCCCUGUACUGAAGCCAGGGCUUCAGCUUCUCUUGAACCUCCUCUGAGGAGGAGGGAUCAGACAGACCUUUUGGAACCAUGGUUGGCCUGAAGCCUUCAGAAGUGCCUCCCACUACGGCUGUGAAGUUCCUGGGGGCAGGCACGGCAGCCUGUUUUGCAGACCUCCUCACCUUCCCACUGGACACGGCCAAGGUCCGCCUGCAGAUCCAGGGGGAGAACCAGGCUGCCCGGAGCACCCAGUACCGCGGCGUGCUGGGCACCAUCCUGACCAUGGUGCGCACCGAGGGCCCCCUCAGCCCCUACAAUGGGCUGGUCGCCGGCCUGCAGCGCCAGAUGAGCUUCGCCUCCAUCCGCAUUGGCCUCUACGACUCCGUCAAGCAGUUCUACACCCCCAAAGGCUCCGACCACUCCAGCAUCACUACCCGGAUUCUGGCAGGCUGCACCACAGGGGGCAUGGCGGUCACCUGUGCCCAGCCCACAGAUGUGGUGAAGGUGCGAUUUCAGGCCAGCAUGCACCUUGGGUCCGGGAGCAACAGGAAAUACAGAGGAACAAUGGAUGCAUACAGGACCAUUGCCAGGGAGGAAGGGAUCAGGGGUCUGUGGAAAGGAACCCUGCCUAACAUCACAAGGAAUGCCAUCGUCAACUGUGCUGAGAUGGUAACUUACGACAUCAUCAAGGAGAAGCUGCUAGACUAUCACCUGCUCACUGACAACUUCCCUUGCCACUUUGUCUCGGCCUUUGGGGCUGGCUUCUGCGCCACAGUGGUGGCCUCCCCCGUGGAUGUGGUGAAGACCCGGUAUAUGAACUCGCCCCCAGGCCAGUACCGCAGCCCCCUGGACUGUAUGAUGAAGAUGGUGGCCCAGGAGGGCCCCACAGCCUUCUAUAAGGGGUUCACACCCUCCUUUUUGCGUUUGGGAGCCUGGAACGUGCUGAUGUUCGUGACCUAUGAGCAGUUGAAACGGGCCUUGAUGAAAGUCCAGCUGUUACGGGAAUCUCCAUUCUGAGUAAGACUAGACCACUUGACACCAACUGAAACAAAACCAGUUAAGAGUG